AUGUCAAGAUUCAAUGCAUUUCCCAAUGGAUCUCUGGGUGGUGGGGUACAUGUGAAGCAAAACCCGGCCCUUCAUUCCACCAGAGCGACCCUACCGAUUGCAAAGCUUGUCGCGAGUGGCAUGUCCCUUGCGACCAUUCACAACCACAAUGUGAGCAUUGCUAUGAGCAACAAAUCCUCUGUUUCUAUGUGA